AUGCACCCAACAGCAUCAGGGGACAGCAGCUUCUCUCGCUCUGCUGUGCAGACCCUCUCCCGGAGCCACUGCCGCAACAUCAAACAGAAGAUCUCCCAGUGGGAGGGGAGGACACGAGGGUGCUCCAGCAAGGAGAAACAGCAGCUGAAAGACUUUGGAGUAAAGUAUGAUCCCAGCUGUGAUGUUCUACCUAAAGUGAAGCCAGAACUUACAGAGAAGGGCAUAAAGACUGGAUCCAAAGAUCCAAAGAGCCUGGGUUUGGACUUCAGGGAAGAUGCACGAAGCUACUCACAGACUGAUGACAGUAGUGACCUUAAGCCCUGUGCACGCAGCCUAGCUUCCCAAGCCAAGGAAAAAGGAGAAUGGCGUGCAGGAUUCCUGGAUCCAGGGACAACACUGCCCCCAGGGAACUCCUAUACCUCACAAGCUCUGUGGAAUGGAGUAGAUCCCCUUGUGCCUGGCAAAGCUGCACCAAUUCCCUUGGAUCUUCAGAGGAAGGAAGGGAGCUCUAGCUCCACGGAAAGAGAACUUAAAAUCAAGGGAGUUAACUGUCUCUGCAGGGCAGAGAGAAGCUUGAAAAACAUUUGCUCUGAGGCUGAGGGGAAUGAGGAGGAGUCAGCUGCUGUCCCACCACCCAAGCCCCAGAGGACUUUCCGCUAUCUUGCAGAAAAGGCUGCUGGUCGCUGUAACAAUGCCAGUGCCACCAGGGAAGCUCCCCUGCAAAAGCGGCAUGGAGGAAACUUGGUGUCAUCCUCCAACGGUCCUGAGAAGAAAAUAACCAGCAGGAGGAUCAGAGGGAGAGCCCAGAGGAAAUCUUUUGAGUUUGAGGACAUCCAGGGCUUCCGCAACCACAUGGCAACCACCAACUCCCACAGGCUUCGAGAAGAGACAAAUGGCACAGCAGGAUCCAGACUCAUCUAUACACAGUCAGAAGACAACAUCUACGAGGACAUUAUCUGCCCAGCAAAAGAGAACCCAUAUGAAGAUAUUGGAGUGCUGCCCUUACCUCUGUGGAAGGUCCCAUCAGUCUGGAAGCUACCACCCCCUCGGGGAAUCAGCAGGGCUCCCAAGCCUCCUCCAAAACCUCCCUUCCUCAGUCGCAAGACUCUUGAGGUAAAGCCCUCCCAGACAAGUUUCCAAGGGAAAAUGGUGAAGGACACAACCCUGCCUGUCACACUGACCGAGUGGAAGCUAUUCCGAGCGGUAGAGGCUGCUAGCAGAAGAAAGAACUUGCCCUGGCUGGUACUAAAAAUCCAGGAGAUCUUUGAUUCUAAACGUGGAAAGAAACGUGUGAAGUUGCUCAGUCCAUCUGGGAGAGAAGCACCUCCUGUGAAAGGUGAAACCAGUGGGAAUGAAAGUGAUACGGAAAAGCAGCCAAAAAGUCGACACAAGUGCCUGCUGCAGGUGCAGUCAGCCUCCAAGAGGAACCCACACUACCAGACUUUGGAGAGGGAUUUGAUAGAGCUUCAGGAGCAGCAGCUAUUUGAGCUAUUUGUGGUGGUGUCACUGUACAAGAAGGCAUCUGACCUGACAUACACACCACAGAUCAUACAGCAGUUUCCCAGCAAGUCUGACCAUCCCUUCAGACAGUCAAAGGAUACAGAAGAGAGGCUAAAGGUCAUUCCCAAAUUCUGCUUUCCAGAUCCCAAAGACUGGUUUCCUGCAUCAGACCUUAAAAGUGAAACAUUUUCUUUUGUGUUGACCGGUGAGGAUGGCAGCCGCUGGUUUGGGUACUGCAAGAAGCUCCUGCCAGAAGGGAAAGGGAAGCGCCUUCCUGAGGUGUACUGCAUCGUGAGCCGCCUGGGCUGCUUCAACCUCUUCUCCAAGACAUUGAACCACUGCCUGCUGUAUUUCUCACAGAUUUUAGAUGAAGUGGAGAAGAGGAGAGAGAUGUCCCCAGCCCUGGUGCACCCCUUCAUGCGCAGUGUGAUGGAGGCACCUUUCCCUGCACCUGGACGCACAAUUGCUGUCAGGAGCUUCCUGCCAGGAGCAGGAGAUGAGGUGAUGGAACUCUGCCGUCCGCUGGAUUCUCGACUGGAACACGUUGACUUUGAAUGCCUGUUGAAGUGUCUAAGUGUCUCUCACACAAUUCGGGUCUUUGCCUCUCUCCUGCUGGAAAGGAGGGUGAUCUUUGUUGCUGACAACUUAAGCACUCUGUCUAAAUGUGGUCACGCUGCGGUUGCAAUGCUUUAUCCCUUCACUUGGCAACACACCUACAUACCAGUCCUGCCAGCUUCUAUGAUUGACAUUGUGUGCUCUCCGACCCCGUUCCUAAUUGGCAUUCUCUCCUGCUCACUACCACAGCUCCAGGACCUGCCCAUAGAAGAGGUACUGAUUGUUGAUCUUUGUGCUGACAAGUUCUUGCAAGAGGUAUCAGAUGAAGAUGAGAUCCUGCCUCAUAAACUCCAGGCUGCUCUUACACAAGUCUUGGAAGAACGAAGUGAAAUCUUGGCACGCGAGCAGAGUGAUGCACAAGGUGACAUACCUCUUAACUCCCUGGUCUCUGAAGCCUUUGUACAGUUCUUUGUGGAGGUUGUUGGGCACUACUCCCUGCACAUGAAUGUCACCGAAAAGGGGGAGCGUGUGUUUCAGCGGGAGCUGUUCCGAAAAUCCCACGCCUCGCGCAACGUGCGCCACUUCCUGCACUUCUUCAUGGAAACGCAGAUGUUUGCAGGCUUCAUACAGGACCGAGAGCUAAGCAAGAACGUGGCCAAAGGCCUUUUUGAGAUCCGUGCCUUGGAGUAUUUGGAGAGUAUUCCAGACACAGAGCCAAGUGGAAUGAACAAAAUCCUUCGCAGCCUGGGGAGUAAAAUGCGAUUUCGGCAGAAGAAGUGA